AUGCGUUUUAACGUACUAGCCACAUUGGUCGGGAUCACCAUUCCCCAAAUUGCCCUUGCAAUUGCCCCAGGGCCCCUUUCAACUUCUGGGCGUUGGAUAGUCGAUGCCAAUGGACAAAAUAUAACUUUUGCAGGCGUCAACUGGCCAGGUGCCUCGGAGGCCAUGCUGCCGGAAGGCCUUCAGUAUCAGUCGAUUGAGAAUAUUGUCGACAAAAUCAAAACACUGGGGAUGAACGUCAUCCGCCUCACCUUUGCCAUUGAAAUGAUUGAUGAUAUCCUAGAGACGGGCCGAGACGUGUCAAUUAAGGACUCGCUUGUAAAGGCCUUGGGGGAGAAGAAUGGCACGAAAGUAUUUAGCAACAUUGUGCGGCAUAAUCCUCAGUUUGGUGUUGAUACUACAAGGUUGCAGGUGUUCGACGCAGUAGCGAAUGAAUCACACCGACAAGGGGUCUAUGUGCACUUGGACAACCACAUCUCUAAAGCCAUGUGGUGUUGUUCAGGCACGGAUGGCAACACCUGGUUUGGAGACAGGUAUUUUGAUGUGGCCAAAUGGCACCGCGGGUGGCAAUAUAUGGCUGAACAUGUAUUCAAGACCCCCCGAUCACUGGCCUCUUCAGUUACUGACGCGACCACUCAGGUUAAAUCUCUCCCCGCUGUGAAGAGUGUCGGGAUGCGAAAUGAACUGCGUAAAGCAGAGGAUAAUCCUACCCUAGUCAAUACGACCUACAAUUGGCGGUACUGGUACCGUCAUAUGGUGGAGAAUGCCAACCAGAUACAUGCGGCCAAUCGUAAUCUCUUGAUUUACUUUUCGGGUCUCGACUAUGACACCCGACUCAGCCCCAUACCUACGGGUGCGGAGCUGGGGAACGGCACUGCAUUUCGUAAGGAUGAUUUCGAAUAUGCUGAUAAGAUUGUGCUCGAGCUGCACAACUACGAACGCACGGCCACAAGCUGCGAGGACCUUAAGUCUAGUUUAUGGAAUGCCGGUUUCAACGCCCUUGACACCCAGAACUCGAGUAUUGUGAAUAUUAUGCCGGUACAGAUGACGGAAUUCGGCUUCCCCCAGGACAACACCACAUAUACAGAUGUGUAUGCCUCCUGCCUGCGGGAAUGGCUUCCUAGUUUACAGGCGGGAUGGAUGGUUUGGGUGAUUGCGGGAAGUUACUAUAUCCGGAAAGGGAUUCAGGAUGACGAUGAGCUAUGGGGGCUCCUUGACCAUACUUGGUCGGAUUGGCGGUCAACCGACGCAGUCACCAAUGGUUUGAUACCUAUGGUCCAGGCGACGCUGGGCUAA